GAUGAGGAUGAUGAUGACGAUGAGGAUGUGGAGGAGGAAGAGCAGGAUGAGGAUGGGGAUAAGCGGAAAGGUUUAAAGAGGACAGAUGAUGCUGAUUUUGAAAGGCACCCUAAGAAAAGGAAGCUAAAGAGCUUGGUAUCAAGUUAUGAAUUUGUUCCUCGAGUACCAGCACAAGCAGUUGCAGCUCCAUCUGUGUCAAAGUCAUCUGGUGGAAGGAAUUCACUUACAGAUUGGACUGAGCGUGAGACAUUUGUUUUGCUUGAUGCUUGGGGUGAGCGAUUUCUACAACGUGGGAGGAAGAGUCUACGAUCUGAUGAAUGGCAAGAAGUUGCAGAGAAGGUGUCAGAGGUCUCAAAGAUUGAAAGGACGGACACCCAAUGUAGGAAUCGAUUAGAUACAUUGAAAAAGAAGUUUAAGAAGGAGAAGAAUAACUUGCCAGGGAUGGGUGCUAGCACUAGCAAAUGGAUUUAUUUCAAGAAGAUGGAUAUGUUAAUGUCAACACCUCCAAUGCAGGGGGGACUCUCCUGUGGAAUGGACUCAGGAGAGUAUGUCUUCAUGAACCCUAGGGUUUAUUUAAACCGUGCAAAUGGAUUGGAUGAGAUGAGGGAUAGUCCAGCUGACUCUAAAUCUGCUGAUGGUGAGGAGGAUGAUUCAGAUGGACUGCCACCCAAGAAGAGAAAGUUUGGUAAGCAUUCUGACGAGGGAUCUUCCCUCAGAUUGCUUGCAGAUUCUAUUCAAAAGUUUAGCGAGAUAUAUGAGAAGAUUGAGAAUAGCAAAAGGCAGCAGAUGUUGGAACUAGAGAAGAUGAGAAUGGAUUUCCAUAGGGAGCUAGAAAUGCAGAAGAGACAGAUCAUGGAGAGAGCACAGGCUGAGAUUGUGAAAAUUCAGCUUGGUGAUGAUGAGGAGAAUGAUAUUUCUGCUGAGAAUAUCAGUGGGUGAUGCCUGCAACGGGAUUGUCCUCUCUAGUGAUAAUUUGAUGUUGACUCAUGAGUGCUAAAUGUUGUUGUGUCAUAUAAUAUUCAGGCCUUCGGCCACUUUUAUCUGUUGAGCAAUAACUCUUAGAUGUAUCACUUAUGGUAGAAGAGUUAAAACUCAAUUUAGAAGAGAUCAUUACUACCAGUUUCCCCCACAGUUUAUGUGGAUCU